GCCAGAAAUAACUGGAACUUGGAUAACGUUAAGAGAAUGUACACAGCGUUUGACUCGAUUGUGUGUGAGAGAUGCGUUGGUAGUGGGCAUGGCUGAUCAAUAUCAAAGCUUAGCAGUUCCAAAAGCCGUGCGGGAUCAGCUGAUUCGUACUGCACCCCCCCAUUACCGAGCAGCAAUGCUAACCGUGAUGCUAGGCGAUCCAGGUGCCUCCAUGUCUGACAUUAAGAAUCGUAUAGGGGAGUUAGGAGCCCUGGGGAAUUGGGAGGAGCCACGAAGAAGGGAUGACCAUCAGCAAGGAUCCCGUAGCCCGCACAGGGAUGGGCUAAGACCAGGACAGGGACCGUCCAGAUCUGCGUACUGGAGAGCACUGAUUCAGACAGGGGUCUCUCCCUCUGAAAUAGAUGGACUUCCCACAGAGGAAUUAAAGAAGAAAUGCCAUAAAAAAGGAUUGAAGGUAAGUUGCACAAGAUAUUCUGAAUUUCCAGGACUGCAUACUUUGGCACAAAGUCUCCGCGACGUCGUCCAGGAGUCCAUGAGCGAAGCACGUGGAUCUGAGUCGGUAGGACAAAUACAGUCGGGUGGGCCCCUUAAGAAAAAGAUCAUUGCUAAAAUUUCGGAUUCAGAAUCAGGAUCAUCAGAAGAAGGGGAAAAACACCUGCGGACUGUUAAAAAGAAAAAGAAGGGCAAAAAAGGUAGGAAUAAGGAUAGGAGACAUUCAGCCCUGUAUCCUGACCUUGCACACCUAGAAGAAUGGAUGAAUGGAUUGUUGAAAGAGUCACUCCGGAAGAUGAGUGAUAAACAUGACUUGACCAAUUGGAAACCAAAUCUAGCGCAAGCGGUGGCCCAAUUGAAUAACAGGCCAAUCGCACCAGGGGUAACACCACUAAACCGAAUGAUCACUGUCCAUAACACUCCAGAUAAAGAACCUAUCAAAAUGUGGAAGAUUGAUGAAAGGGCAGAACUUCCUAUCAGAGCUACCCCAGGCUCCGCAGGGUUGGACUUGAGAACAUUGGAACCCGUGACCCUAAUACCUAAUCAGGUUCAAGUUGUAAAAACAGGGCUCGGGUUACAGUGCCCUAAAGGAAUGUAUGGCCAUAUUCUACCGCGGUCAGGAUUGUCCUUAAAAGGAUUGACCAUUCAGGCUGGGGUUAUUGACAGUGAUUAUCAGGGAGAAUUGGGUGUGGUGUGUCGCCACCAAGGCGAAAGUCCCCUGGUAUUACAAAAAGGAGACAAGAUUGCACAGUUGCUACUGAAACCAUGUGAUAUGUCAGAAGUUCAGGAAAUCUCUCCACCCACUGAGAUAACAAUAAGGAGAAAAGGGGGCUUUGGCUCCACAGAUAAACCUGGGGCAAAGGUUUGGGCCGAAGGCUCUCCGGUCACGUUUCAGAGGUAA